AAAAAUCAAUAUUGGUUGAUGCAAUUCUUUUCCAAAGUAGUUGCAGUGAGAAUGAGACCUUUUAUCAUUUUGGCGGUUAGUGCAUCGUUUGUGGCGUUCAAAAACAUAGCAGCGAUAUAAGAUCGCGCUUUUAACGUUUUUUCACGCAAACACCGCAAGCAUUCGUUAUGUUUUAGCCGUAAUACGUCGAUGAAAUUUCAUCGAUCAUCAAUGAAAGUUUUAAAAUACUCUAUAGAGAACUCUUGAUCAAUCGAUUAUUAUUGGAAUUUCAAGUUUGUGCGCUAGUGAUACUGAUAAUGGAUAUUGUGUUGGUUCGCUUUAGUGCAAUGUUCGCUUUUGCAAACAAAAGUUUUGCCGACUGAUGAAUGAGAUCUUCGUCAAAUUUAUCUGGAGAAGAAACUUGGUGAGCCGAAGCAGUGAAAAUGUUGAUUUACGACGUUCUGCAUAAAGAAAAGGUUUAUCAAAUAGUUGCGGGUAAUCUGCGGACUUUGGGGGUUAAGUACCGCAUUAAGAAAAAUGCCGUGAAAACGGACAAACUCGAGAGGAACGCGAGCGCCUUGAAGAAGGUCUUUAAGACUCCACUCUCGUAUUUACCUCUGGAUGUUGUUAAUCUCUCAUCUGGGGCGAUAAUUCACGUACCCGUGUUUGUAAGUCAGGCAGCAGUGUUCUUAUUGAAGAAUGCAAACCAAGAGGGGUUGUUUAGAAAAGCUGGUUCGCAGCUCAGGCAAAGGGAGAUUAUAGUAAGACUGGACAAUGGAGGUACUCUGGGAGAGAAGAAUAAUGCAAUAGAUGUGGCCAAUUGCUUGAAAUCGUUCUUCCGAUUUUUGCCGGAGCCUCUGAUACCUUUUAUUUAUCAUGAGCUGUUUGUGAGAUGUGGAAUGUUAAAAACAAACAAGAUAGAGGCACUACUCAUGGCUUGCAUACUCUUACCACCUCACCAUUUGAACACGCUUGCAUAUCUCAUGGAAUUCUUGAAGACUGUUGCGUCUUACGAGAAGCAAAAUAAAAUGGGAAUUGACAAUUUAGCUAGAGUUUUUGGACCAAAUAUAAUGCCUCUCCAAGAAACUACCAUGGUUGCAGUUCAGUCAAGAUUAGAGGCUCACUUAAAUAUUGUUAAGCUUUUAAUUGAGAAUGCUGAAAAGAUUGGAGUUCUUCCCGAUGAUAUAUCAGAAGCUAUUUCAAUGGAUGCUGUUGGAAGUAUUGAAAAUGAACUUGAUCGAUCUGAUCCUUCAUCUUCAUUUAAAAGUAAAAAGAAAAAACAUCGAAGUGGAAGUCUUACAAGAAUGUUAAGUGGUUUAAAAAAGAUGGUUGGAAAAAAUAAUUCUCCUAUCAGUGGAAUGGAUAUACCAGAAAAUCAUCUUCUUUCUAUGGAAUCAACUCAUAGUCUGUACACACCAUCUUUGAAAGCAGGCAAAAAGAGAAAAGUUGAAGCAGCUGAUCCAACAAAUAUAAAGAGAAAACGGGAGUUGCUCGAAGUUAUGCCUACUAGCUCUUCUUCUGGUCACACAUACCUAUUUUCUUCCCCAGUCUCUAAUGAUCCAAAUCCCCUGAAAGACAAAAGCCCAAACCAAAAAUCUGGAAUUCAAAAGUAUUUGUCUCACAAAGUUCAUUCAGAAACGAGAGUAUGUGACAAGAUUGAUAGAUCAAAAAAGCUAAGAUUAAGCUUGGAUCGGUUCGUGCCGCGUCACAAACAGAAGUCAAGUGAACAAGAUCUCGAGAAUCGUAAGAAGUCCUUCAGUCCUUGUAUGGAGAGACGCUGGAGCUUAACGAGCAACAAUACUUCAGAUCCAAAGAAGCGACGUCGAACCCAGACCAUCGACUCGCCAUACCUAUCCUCGCCGCAGGCUAAGAUACGAAACUCUGGCAGUGACAAGACGCUGGAGCAAGUGUUCAUGGAUGCAGAUAUCAACCUGUCGGACGACUGUGGUGAGCAAAUCUCGCGGGAGAUUACAUCGAAUUGCGAGAACAAAGCCAAAUGUAAACGCCUUAGUUCGACGCGAAAAUCCACACAUUCGUACUCCUUGAGGAAUUCUUCGUCGCCUAACUUAUCCAAUGGACUCGAAAUUAUGGACUUGAAAUCAAACGAGUACGUCAAGAUACCAAAAAGCGAGUACGAGGAAAUCAAGAACAGAGUUUCGGCAAUCGAGUCACGAAUAUCGCAGGAAUUCAAGAGUAUAACUAGUGAUUCCAGUGAUGUGUUGACAGCCAAUCCAAUCAGCAAGGUGCAGAGUGAAUAUGAGAAAACAUUAGAGGAGGCGAGUAUCGAGAGUACUGCUAGCGCGGAUCAAUUAGCUAAGCGACUCAGUCGGGAGUUAAAGAUUCGAAGGUCAGCGGAACACAAAGUCAUAAGAUCGCCGAGUGCUCGAAAAAUCGGAAAUUUAAGAAGAAGAUCUCAAGAAAAACCAGUCAGUAAAAGAGUCCAACGUACUGUUUCUUGGCACACUUCUGAGCGGCCGUCGGUACGAAAUUCAAUUCAUAAACCUGACCCUCGACUCAACAAUUACUAUCCAAAGCAGUGCAACCUCAAGCGCGGACGUCCUCUGGUCAAACGUGACUCUAACAAGAGUCUCGAUCAGACGCCAAAGGCUGAGACUGGAGGUGAAGUCACGUUCUGUAGUGAGGAAACAAAUGCACGGUUAAACUAUCUGCAGCAACAACUCAAUACUUUGAUAAGUCACACGGCAGAACAUACACGGGGAUCCUUCAGCGACGACGAUUUUGCACCUUUUGACGACGACGUCUUCCAUAGCACUGAAUCACCGCCUAUAAGCAUCAAGACCAACAUAAAUCCGGUGCGACGAGCUUCCUCCUUCCAUAGCGGUGAAUUUAUCGAUAACUCGCAGUAUUUUAAUAACAAAAUUAAAGAACUUAAGAAGACUAAUAGCCAGCAAAACUUAAUUAAUAACGAGAUUGAGUGCCCACCGAGCGAAACCAAAACGUUGGAACCGCGUAAAGAGAAAACGGUUUCAUGGAAGGAUGCUGAUCAGUACUUUAAGCAGGAGUCGAAGAUGCUGACCCCAGUACCUCAAACCGGUCGCGCAUCCGUGGCUAAGCUUAGGACGCAAAAUGCUGGUAUGGUUCUGGCAAAAGCCAAACUCUUCGACGAUCCAACCAAAGAAGCCGUCGACGUGAGUCGAAGGCAAUCAAUGAGAGUUCAAGCGACGACUCGAGCUGCCAUGAAAGAUGAACCAAGAACGCCACACAGUACCAAAAGGCACAAUCACAACGAAUUAAGCGCCCGGCGGAAGCACAUCGCAAGUAGGCGUUUAUCACACGCACCAUCGCCUCUAGCGAGCAGUAGUAAUCGUCGACAGUCGACGCGUUUCAAUCAAUCGCGAAUAAGUCAUGAGGAGGCCAAUGUAAACAAUCUCCAAAAAGAGAACCAGCUAAUACUAAGUGCAUCGAGCAACAACACGUCUAUGACGACUCAUCGUCAGGAGGACAUCAACGUCUACAAGCCCGAUGACAGCGCAAUGUGCAAGACGCCGCACAUCAAACGGCCGCUCAACGUCAAAACACCGAGGAGUGCGAAAACUUUGUCGGCUAAGAGAGCAGCUAUCAAUUCGCGCCGAACACCCUUGAAAGCAAUGGUGCCGAUUACGCCUAAAAGACAAAGUCCAAGGAUUGUGCUCAAAUCGACGCAAUUGAGUAGACACAAGAAUUGAUACUUUGCGAAAGAAGAAUGAGUGUGAAUGAGAGCGUAUAUAAGCGUGAAAGAUGUCAAUAGACUUGAAAUGUAUUUAUAAGAAUCAAGAGAAGUACUUUACAGAGAAUCACUUAAUCAUUUUUACGUGAUUUUUUUUAUAUAUAUAUAUAUUAUUUCGGACUGUGAGUGUAUAUUUUUGAAAAGCUUUUUUUUAUUCAUAACUUUAGAGUAGUGUAUCUGCCAUGUAUGUACAAUUUAGUGCCAGAUAGCAACCAAGUGUCAUAGUACAUUAUAUUCUUUUUUUAAUCAUCACUAUAUAUUAUAUACGAUAAAACGUAAAAUAUGAAUUUACAACAAUGUAUUUUUACACUUUUGAGUAAUAAAAGUAACGUUUUAUUUA